AUGGCUGACGAAUCCGCCGCCGACGAAACGCCCAUCACAUUCAACGUCAAAUCCUCCAGCGAUGCCAAAUAUGUCCUCACAGUACCCCUCUCUAUGACAGUCAUCGACCUGAAAACUAAGUUAUCAGGCCCCGAAUACGCAGACAUACCGCCAGACCGCCAACGCCUCAUCUAUUCCGGCCGUGUCCUCAAAGAUGCAGAUACGCUGGGCUCGUACAAAGUGAAAGAGGGAAACACGGUGCAUUUGGUGAAAGGUGCUGCGAGCAAUCAGAGACAGAAUCCGGCAAAUCAGGGAAGCGUGAACGCGGGGAGUACAGGGGCACAACCGGCUACGGGCGUGCCUACAAAUCUGGCCAGUGGGACGGGGCAGGAUCCGCUGGCGGGAUUGACGGGGGCGAGAUAUGCAGGCUACGCGCAGAUGCCUAAUGCCAAUAUGUUUGGGCCUGACGGUGGAAUGGGUCCACCACCGGAUCCUGAACAUAUGGCCUCUAUGCUCGAAAACCCCAACUUCGCCUCCACUCUGAACGAAGCCCUCGCCAAUCCACAAGUCAUCGACCAAAUGAUCCGCUCGAACCCUAUGCUCCGCGACAUGGGUCCACAAGUCCGCCAGAUGAUGCAAGAUCCUGGCUUCAGAGCCAUGAUGACGAAUCCAGAAGCUUUGAGGAACAUAUCACAGAUGCAACGAUCAUUCGGCGGCGGCAUGUUCGGCGGUAUGGGCGGUGGUAGUCAGGCAUUUCCAGCUCCAGGCAUCACGGAUACGACACCAGGCCAGCAGCCUUCAGCGGAAGGGGAGACAGCUACGCCUAGGCAGCCAGAUGCUACACCACAGCAACCUCCGAACCCAUUUGCUAUGUUCGGCAACCCCGCUGGCGCUGGUGGAGCAGAAGGUGCAAAUCCCUUCGCAGCACUUUUCGGCCCAGGCGGUAUGGGCGGUAUGGGCAGGAACACUCCAGGCUCUCCUCCACCAGCUGGCACGCAAGCACCUGGAGCCACUCCACAACCGGGUACUAAUCCCAUUGCCGAUAUGGCACGGAACAUGAUGCAGAACCCACAAAUGAUGCAGCAGAUGAUGGGCGCUAUGGGUGCUAAUCCCACCGCCAAUCCUGACCCCAACAAUCCGACCGCCAAUUCAGCAGCACAAGCCGGCUUCAAUCCCUUCACUGCUCUGCAAGGUUUGGGUGGAUUCGGUGGUGCAGGAGGCUUUGGCACACCACCACCACCGGCACCGCAGGAUGAUAGGCCGCCGGAGGAUAGGUAUGCGGAGCAAUUGAGGCAGUUGAAUGAUAUGGGUUUUUAUGAAUUCGAGAGGAACAUUGAGGCGUUGAGGCGGACGGGCGGGAGUGUGCAGGGGGCGGUGGAGUAUCUGCUUACGCACUGA